AAGAGAGACGGUUGUCAUUAACCAGCCCAGACUCGGAAGGCAAAAUCUUUGCUACUGACAGGAUUCUAAGCUGCACAAACACUGUUUCCUGAAUUCUGAAGGAAGAUGCAGCGGAUACUACUGACAAUCACAUUUGUCCUGUCACCCGGUUUCCCUUCACAAGAGGACAUUGUUUGGUUCAACGGAUCAAAAGGAGUUCCAAUAGAGCAGCAGUACGCCAGCCUUGGGGCAUCUGAAGUACUCCUGCAUUGCCCUGUCCCUGAAGGCAAUUCCAUGGUGGGAUGGAAAAUGAGCAGCACGUUACAUGGGAUUUUGAAGGCAGUGAGAAGAGAUGGCAGCCUUGUUUUGCAGAACGCCAGCCUGGCUCAGAAUGGUGAAUAUAGUUGCCAUGAUCUCACCACUGGGCGGUUGCUGCGGAGAAUUCAUCUGAAGCUGGGCUACCCACCUGAUAACCCUUUAGUGUGGUGCUGGUCCACCACCUACCCAGCCAUCAAUUGCUCCUGGAGGUUGGAGACCAAGACACACCUGCCUACUUUUUUUUCCUCCACGUACAGGCUUGGCAUGGGAGGAGAAGUAAAGGAGUGUCUCCAGGCUACCACAGUGGCCAACAGCUGCUCCAUCGACAAUGUCCAGAUGUUCUCCAUCAAUCCCUAUGUGCUGAAUGUAACAGCGGUGAAUCCCCUGGGGACAGCGUCAACCCACUACUACUUCUUCCAGAACGAGAUCCUCAAACCUGACCCUCCAGAAGACUUGACCGUCUCCCAGAUCCCGGGCCAGAGGAAGAAAAUACUUUUGGUGUGGAAGCCCCCCAGCUCCUGGAAAUUCCCAGAAUACUUCCCCCUCAAAUACUUGAUCCGUUACUCAAGGGAUGGAACCAAUGUCAGCAAAACGACAAGGCCCACUGAGCAGACAUCCUUUGUGUUGACUGGGAUCCGCCCUGGAGUGACGUACCAUGCCCAGGUGGCAGCGAAGGACUUCCUCGAUCACGGCGAGUACAGUGCCUGGAGUCCGGCAGCAUCAGGGGCAGCCUGGAUGCCGGAGUGAUUCGCCUGAAGAGCAUCUUGAGUUCCUGUGGCAAGGGGGCUUUCGUGUGUGCCCCCGCUUCCCAGGGAUGGCCAAGAGUUCUUCAUCACCUUUUGCAAUUCUGGAGUUCACACAGAGCCUGACUCACGAAAGUCUAAUUUCUGUGGGGAAAUUUCAGCUCCUUUUCCUUUAGUGGGAACUAAUUUAACUCCCCUUUUUCUUCUAUAUAUGUGAUAAAUGUAUACUCCCAUUGCAUUCUCAGUUGUUUCCCGGUUUCCCCCGCCCCUCUGUAUUCUCAUUUUAUUUUUCUAUUUGUAUUUUUUACAUUCAUAAUUCUCACUGCAUUUGGUAUGUGCUUAUGCCAAUAACCAUUCUGUAUGAAA